UGGUGCGUAAGCUGCGCACAUCCUGUCUGCGCUGAUUGCAAAAAUGUUCAUGACAUGUUCAGUGCAUUAAAGAAUCACAGAAUAAUCACUCUAGAAGAGUUUAGAAAUCAGAACAUUUUUUCUGACAUUGAAUACUAUUGUGAUCAACACAGUGGUAAAACAGUAGAAGUUUUCUGCGUUGAUCACACCAAACUUUGCUUCAGUGUAUGUUUUGCAACCAAACAUCGUUCUUGUGUUGAUGUCAAAUCAUUAGAAGACAUUUCGGAAACGCGGAAUACCAAGGAAGAUGAUAUACUUUUAGAGGAGCUUCGUGAAUUUAUUCAAGACACAAUUGAAAUGGAAAAGGAAUUUCAAAAGAUGAAACAGAAUCUUAAGCAAGAGAGUGAAGAAACUGUUGAGAAAACAACACAAGAGGUUGAAAAGACGAAAAGGCUUCUCGCAAAAAAACUGGAUGAAUUUGUCUGUUCCCAUGAAAAGGAGGCACAAGAGAAAAUAAAUGAUUUAGAAAACAUAGAAAAAGCAGUUGACGGGUUUAAGAAGACUUCAAAAGAGUCUUUCAAAAUCUUACAUGUAUCUGCUGUUAUGGAGGGAAGCUCACAAAAACAACGCUUCCUUGUGUCUCUCCAAAUAACACAGCUAUCUAAUCAAACACUACAGAAGAUCCUUGAGUUACCACCUGAUGUGGUUGCAGGUUACACAUAUUCUACAGACGAGAUUUGUCAGGAUGUCGUAAGGCAUUUUACCUUCAACGGAGUUAAGCCAACUAGAAAACCGUUAAAAGGGAUGCAAUCAUUAUUAUAUAAGAUAGAAAGAUCCAAGUCAAACGAAAUCCCAUGCAAAACUGACCAUCAGGAGUCAGAAAAAAUGAUAAAUUCCAAAGAAUGCGUGAAUUCUGGAAGCAAAUCCGAAGAUAAAGUCGAGUGGAUAUGUCAUAACACAGAACAAAAUUUGAACGAAAAAAGAGAUACUGAGACAUCACAACAAAGAGAAAUUUGCGAAAUAAAAUGUAAAAACACUAAGAGUGACAACAAUGACAGGAAUAUUUGUUCUAGCAGCUUGGGAACAGACGUAACAACGGAAACAUCUGAAGAAAUCACAAAAUUUGGGACAGGCAGCAUUCCAGUUACAUACUCAGUGGAAAAACAAAUGUUGCUUUGCAAAAACGAAGUAACAUAUUUGAACAGUGAUUCCAAUAUAUAUACUGGUACUUGUUCUAGAAGCUAUCAGGCAAAUCUACGACACUCUACUGAAAAGCGGGGAGACAAAACAGAGGCUAAUCAUUACCUAGAAAAAGAUACAAAACCUUAUUGGGAAAGGAAUGCACAAUUUGGAAUGACUGGUAAUUAUGAGGUUGGUAUCAGUGACAAUCAAAACAAAAAUAUGGUGUCAUUUUCUAGAGGAUAUCAAGCGUCAAAUGCGUCAAUUAGUGAGGGACAAAAGGGAUACAUAGAAGAGAGUAAGAGAGAAAAGGGGUUUCAGCGACAUCUGUCACAGAAUAUGGGAACACCUUUUAGAGGACAUCAAAUAUUCUAUGCAUCAAAUGCUGACGGCAAAAGGGGCUAUACCGAAGAAGAUAAGACAAAAGAAUGGUUUCAGCAACUUUCAAAACAAGAUACGGGAACACCUAGAGGAACAAAGUUUAGAAAUCAAGACAUUUUCCCUGAAAUUGAAUACUAUUGUGAUCAACACAGUAGUAAAACAGUAGAAGUUUUCUGCGUUGAUCACACCAAACUUUGUUGUAGUGUUUGUUUUGCAACCAAGCAUCGUUCUUGUGUUGAUGUCAAAUCUUUAGAAGACAUUUCGGAAACGCGGAAUCCCAAGGAAGAUGAUAUACUGUUAGAGAAGCUUCGUGAACUUAUUCAAGACACAAAUGAAAUGGAAAAGGAAUUUCAAAAGUUGAAACAGAAUCUUAAGCAAGAGAGUGAAUCAACUGUAGAGAAAGUAACACAAGAGGUGGAAAAGACGAAAAAUCUCCUCGCCAAAAAACUGGAUGAAUUUGUCUGUUACCAUAAAAAGGAGGCACAAGAGAAAAUGAAUGAUUUAGAAAACAUA